UGUACGCCCGUCCUCCCGCUUGCGCGUGUAAGACUACCGCUCGAGAGGGAGAACAGAGGUCUCCGUUAAUUUGCCGAGUUACACGGAAUCACGCACACAGAAACCAACCCCCGCGCAGUCGCAGAGGGAUCUUUCCACCCCACCCAAGUUCACUUGUCGCGAGCCGGCAUACCCCUACACCCCCGCGGUGAACGUACGUCGGUAACAUAAAACUGUACAUUCCUCUCAAUCGUGCAUUGAAAUCUACUAAAAAUUCUACAAAGUGGCUCGUACAGCUUCGAUCUUGGCUUAGUGCUAUCGUAGUUAAGUUUUUGCAAAUCAACGGGCAGCAAUAUGGCGGACGCAUGAGCGUCUCCCAAAGGAAGGAUAUCGCGAUUGUCAGUUUUCGCUCGCAACAAUGUCGACGGUGGACUUUGGUGGAACACACGCGUGAUUGCGAGUGAAAAAGCUAGAUCGAUACUGAUGAUCAGGACUGCUUAGCGUUGAAACGGUUUUACGCUGACCAAGUUGAGCAACUGCUGUUCAUGUCAGAAAAAGAGGAAGAGUAGCAUAGCGUCUUUGGAAGACAUGACCACGGAGACGGCGUCGCCUAACCAGGCGGACGCCAGCACAGCCUUCCUGCGCGCCGCUCGCGCCGGGCAGAUCGAGAAGAUUAUCAGUCUACUCGAACAAGGCGUCGACAUCAACGUUAGCAAUGCUAACGGCCUGAAUGCCAUCCAUUUGGCAUCGAAGGAUGGUCACGUGGAGGUGGUUCGAGAGCUCCUGGAUCGGGGGGCUGCCAUCGACGCCGCCACCAAGAAGGGGAACACAGCUCUCCACAUCGCCUCGCUAGCCGGACAAGAGACUGUCGUCAAGCUACUCGUCCAAAAUGGUGCACAGGUUAACAUCCAGUCGCAGAAUGGCUUCACACCAUUGUAUAUGGCAGCGCAAGAGAACCAUGAUGGCGUUGUCAAGUUCUUGCUGGCUAAUGGAGCUAACCAAAGCCUUGCUACAGAGGAUGGGUUUACCCCAUUGGCUGUGGCUAUGCAGCAAGGGCACGAGAAAGUCGUCGCUGUUCUCCUAGAAGCUGAUACACGUGGGAGAGUUCGCCUGCCAGCACUUCACAUAGCUGCUAAGAAAGACGACGUGAAGGCUGCGAACUUACUACUCGAGAAUGAACAUAACCCGGAUGUGACCUCAAAAUCAGGAUUCACGCCGCUUCAUAUAGCAGCUCAUUAUGGCAACGAAUCCGUAGCUAGACUGCUUUUGGCGAAAGGAGCAGAUGUGAACUGUGCCGCCAAGCAUAACAUAUGCCCCUUACAUGUUGCAGCCAAGUGGGGUAAAGACAACAUGGUCGCUUUGCUAUGCGAUAACGGUGCUAACGUAGAAGCCCGUACUAGGGAUGGACUAACUCCUCUGCAUUGCGCCGCUCGGUCAGGCCACGAGAGAGUCGUUGAGGCAUUGUUAGAUAGAGGGGCACCUAUCACUAGUAAAAGCAAGAAUGGCCUAGCCCCUCUGCACAUGGCAGCGCAAGGCGACCACGCUGAGGCUGCCCGAGUACUUCUGUCCAGGAGAGCUCCAGUCGAUGACGUCACAGUGGACUACCUCACCGCCUUACACGUGGCUGCACAUUGCGGUCACGCCAAAGUAGCCAAGCUACUGUUAGAUAGGAAUGCAGACGCCAAUGCUCGUGCUUUGAAUGGAUUUACCCCAUUACAUAUCGCUUGCAAGAAAAAUAGGAUUAAAGUAGUCGAGUUGCUGUUGAAGUAUGGUGCUAGUAUCCAAGCGACUACGGAAUCAGGGCUAACUCCCCUCCACGUGGCAGCGUUUAUGGGCUGCAUGAAUAUUGUCAUUUACCUGCUGCAGCAUGAAGCCAACCCUGACGUUCCCACCGUCAGAGGGGAGACCCCGCUACAUUUAGCUGCUCGAGCUAAUCAGACUGACAUCAUCCGCAUUCUACUGCGGAACGGCGCCGCGGUGGAGGCGAAAGCGCGCGAGCGACAGACGCCGCUGCACAUCGCGUCGCGACUCGGCAACGUCGACAUUGCUGUUUUACUGCUGCAACACGGUGCCGACGUCCGCGCCAUGACUGCCGACCAUUACAACGCGCUGCAUAUAGCGGCGAAGCAGCAUAAUCAUGAUGUUGCAGCAGCUCUCAUCGAACACAAUGCUCCUCUCACGGCGACCACCAAGAAGGGUUUCACAGCGUUGCAUUUGGCCGCUAAAUACGGCAAUCUAAAGGUGGCAAACCUGCUGUUAGCGCACGGAGCAUCUCCUGAUCAAGCUGGGAAGAACGGAAUGACACCUCUGCACGUAGCAGCUCAAUACGACCAGCAAGCAGUCGCUACGACCCUUCUGGAGAAAGGCGCGGACGCUAAGGCGGUUGCUAAAAACGGGCACACUCCGCUUCACAUAGCUGCUCGCAAGAACCAGAUGGAGACAGCGGCCACACUCCUAGAAUAUGGCGCAGUCACUAACGCCGAGUCCAAAGCUGGUUUCACGCCACUACACUUGGCUGCACAACAGGGUCACACAGAAAUGUGUUCUUUAUUACUGGAGCAUGGUGCAGAAGUAGACCAACAGGCUAAGAACGGCCUGGCUGCAUUACAUUUGGCAGCUCAAGAGGACAGGGUGCCUGUUGCGCAACUGCUGGUUAAAAAUGGAGCUGAGGUGGACAUUUGUACUAAGGGUGGAUAUACCCCUCUACAUAUUGCUAGCCACUACGGCCAAGCAAACAUGGUACGAUUUCUACUUGAGAGUGGUGCAUCUGUCAAAGCUCAAACUAAUCAUGGGUACACAGCUUUGCAUCACGCUGCUCAACAAGGUCACAUCAAUAUUGUUAACAUCCUGCUUGAACAUAAGGCUGAUGCGAACGCCACAACCACAAACGGUCAAACACCAUUGGACAUAGCGUCCAAGCUGGGUUACGUGACCGUAAUGGAAACAUUGAAAGAAGUUUCCGAACCUUCUAUAGCACCAGCUUCACAAGAAAAGUACAAAGUCGUGGCUCCGGAGACAAUGCUUGAGACAUUCAUGUCAGACUCUGAAGAAGAAGGAGGAGAAGAUGCAAUUUUAAACGAUCAGCCAUACCGCUACCUAACUGCUGAUGACAUGAAAUCGCUCGGUGAUGACUCCUUGCCUAUUGACGUGACCAAGGACGAGAGAACUGAGUCGGCUAUGAGCCACAAGAACAUUAUGGAGAUAUCUCAAGGAUCCGUGAAUGGUAUUCCAUACCAGCCCGCCCAGGAAGUCGUAGUGAAGAGUAUCAGUCGGUACAGCACAGCGCAUGCGCCAGAGGGAUACUGCUACAACGUCGACCCUACGCAACCUAAGAAAAAAUUACAAUGGAAAAACUUCCUGGUGUCUUUCCUCGUGGAUGCCAGAGGAGGAGCCUUGAGAGGUUGUCGAGGUGGUGGUGUGAGAGUUAUCGUCCCACCAUUGUCAGCCCAGCAACCUACCAGGAUUACAUGCAGAUAUUUGAAGCCGUCUCGUAUAAAUCAUAUGCCUCCCUUAAUGGAGGGUGAGGCUUUGGCAGCUCGAGUGCUCGAGAUGGGGCCUGUUUCUGCAAAAUUUUUAGGGCCUGUGAUACUGGAAGUACCCCACUACGCGUCCCUUCGUGGCAAGGAGAGGGAAAUUGUUAUUCUACGUUCAGACAAUGGGACAAGUUGGAGGGAACAUAACGCAGACGCCACAGAUGAUGUUGUCCAAGACAUACUUCAUGAAACCCUGGAGAUUGAAGAAACCAAUGAAGAUGAGAAAGGUUGGGACGCACCGCGCGUCACUCGAAUCCUGACCCACGAUUUCCCGCAAUACUUCGCUGUCAUAUCCCGGAUUCGACAAGAAGUGCAUGCUAUCGGCCCAGAAGGUGGCAUGGUUUCCAGUUCCGUCGUACCUCAGGUGCAAGCCGUAUUCCCGCAAGGUGCACUCACCAAGAAAAUCAAAGUCGGUCUCCAGGCUCAAAUUAUAGACUCAGAGCUAACUGCGAAACUAUUGGGCCGAGGAGUAGCAGUAUCUCCAGUAGUUACAGUAGAACCAAGGAGAAGGAAAUUUCACAAAGCUAUAACCUUGAGUAUGCCAGCCCCCAGGCCUCAUACUCAAGGAAUGACGAACCAGUAUAGCACUUCAUCUGCUCCAACUCUUAGAUUGCUAUGCUCUAUAUCAGGUGGCACCAAUCGCGCACACUGGGAAGAUGUCACGGAAAAUACGCCGCUCACAUUUGUCAACGACUGCGUAUCUUUCACUACAACUGUAUCAGCUAGAUAUUGGCUUAUCGACUGCCGGCAUAUCGAAGAUGCCACUAAAAUGGCAACUGAAUUAUACAGGGAAGCUAUCCACGUUCCAUUUAUGGCUAGAUUCGUGGUUUAUGCAAAACGUACUGAUGAGUGCCAAGCUCAACUACGUUUGUUCUGUGUGACAGACGAUAAGGAGGAUAAAGCUUUAGAACGCAUUGAACGGUUUAUUCAGGUCGCCAAGAGUAGAGAUGUAGAGGUCCAUGAGGGUAAACCCGUAUAUUUAGAAUUCGGUGGGAAUCUAGUUCCUGUUGCAAAAUCAGGAGAGCAAUUAUCGAUACCGUUCCGAGCCUUCAGAGAAAAUAGACUUGCUUUCCCAGUGAUGAUUAAGACACAGGACUUAGAGCCGAUCUGCAGGUGUCAAUUUAUGAGAGAUCCUAAAGUUCCUAAAGGAGAACCAUCGCCUACGCCGAUCGCUGUUCUCAAUAUAAUGGUACCUGAUGACAUGCCGGUAGAGAGAAUCAGUCCUCCUCCAACAGAUACAGAGGUACCAAGACGCACUGAGGAACAAGAGCUCAUCUGGAGACAGCGUUUGAGUGAUCCUAGGCUGGAAGAUAUAUGUAACUUACUUGGCAAAGACUGGGUAGCGCUGGCUUAUGAACUUGGAGUUAGUGUCGCUACAGUAAAUCAAAUACAGGCAAAGAGAAUCACUGCUGCUGAACAAGCCCAACUAAUGCUGAAGCUUUGGAAAACUCAGUCAGGAACCAAAGCUCAAGACACAAGUCUCGAGCUUGCUUUGUGUCGUAUUGGUCGAGACGAUAUAAUAGCACCUCAAUCAGAUAUCACCAAUGAAAGACGCAUUCUACGAAACAUUUAUCAAGAGAGGCAAGCUUCAGAAGAAAUCGAAGCUUAUAAAGCUGAAGAAGACAAUAAGCUCAAAGAUAAGCUAUAUGAUGAAAACCAAAUUGAAGAACGUCUCACUAGGGAAUCAGAUCAGGAUCAUGAAGAUGAAGCUAAGUAUUCACCAGAAGAAAAGUCUAUAGUAGACAAAAGUGAGAUUGAACGAACCCCCACACCAAGUGAAGAUAGCGAAGAGGAUGAAGAUGUUAAGAGAAGCGUAGCAGAAAGAAAAGAACAAAUAACUAGAAAACUCAGUUCAAGUAAAAUACCCGCUUCGAAGCAAAAGAAAGAAAUUCGUGAGGAAAUAAUAGAAAUAAAAACUCAAAUAAAACCUGAUAUAAAGAAGUUCCACGAUAUAGAACAACAAGUAAAGGAUAAAGAUACUAAACUAGAACGGUCACGGUCUAAAACAUCGCCAGAUGUAGUUGAAGAGGAAAACGAAGUUGAAGUUUAUACACAAGAGACAGUAGAAAUAAAAAAAGAAGAGGUGAAAGUUUUAGAUAGGUCUCAAGAACAGUUUAGAAAAUUCGAUCCAUUGUCGCCAGCGAAGCCUACGCCUAAACACCUUCAAAGGCAUAUGAGAAAUGAAUCAAUGAGAUUUCCUUCAGGUGACUUCUCAAAUGUUACUAUCACACCUAGAAAAUCAAUAAUUGAAACCACAGAAACUAAACAUAUAUCUGAAAAAACAGAUUCAUUUACAAAGGAAGUCAUAUCGCAAAAAGAAAUUGUAAGUUCUAGAGUGGAAGAAAAACUAGAUGAUGGCGAUCGUUCUCCUGAUCUAGUCACAGAAGAAGACAAAGACAUUGCGGAAGCUACUUUAAAACAAAAAAUUAACUCUUUUGAAUCUAAAAUAUCAAAGGAACCGUCAAUUGAGCUACCUAAGACUACUGUCAAAUUGACAAAAGAAGCUUUAAAAAAGCAUACGAUGGAACAGGACCAAGGAAUAGAAUAUACACAAGAAUUCGUGAGAGAGCAAUCUAAGCAAACAUCAAAUGAAACACAGGAGGGCACAACAAAGAAAGUAGUUGCUGAAACUGUGGAAAGUACUGAAAUUGUUAAAUCUGUCAAAGAGACAAUUCAGCGAUUUGAUUCAAAAAUAAAGCAUGAUGAUAAAGGUAAGGUGUUUUCAAAAGCUGUAAGAACAGACUCUACUCUCGUUCAAGUUUCAUCGGAAGAAGACAGUGAGUUCUUGAAAAAAUCAACGGACUCAGAAACUGAGACUGAGUCACAAACAACCGUAAAGGCUGAUAAAUUAGAACAAAAAAAUCUGUCUAAAUUUGAUAUGAAACCUAGCUUAGCCGAAUUUGACUUUAAAACAAAGGAUAUUAAAGAAACUGUAAAACAGGACAAAAAGUAUGACGACGACAAUAAAAAGGAUGAUCAGGGGUUAGCCAUCAAGCUUCAAAAACAACUGACAGAAGAGUUGAGAACAAAAGUAAGUGAAGAAGAAAUAACGGAAGCGUUGGAAGAAAAAGAUGUAUCUGUUGGUGAAAAAAUUAAAGACAGGGUAUAUUCUAAAGAAUCAAAACACCGAAGUGACUCACUGGAUGAAACAUCUCAAUUUUCCGAUUUGGAAGAAGCCGGUGCAAGUCCAGUACACAAACCUUUACAAAACAAAGAGAUUGAUACUGUAAUAAUAUCAAAAACUGAAGUCAAAACUAUUUCAACAAAAAUUACGGAUAGGACAGAAACUCGAGAUCAAACAUUGGAGUUUCUUAAAUACGAAAGUGAAUAUAGUGCACAAAUACAUGCACCUUUUAUUGGAUCAGUGGAUGCUGAAAAGGUAUCCCCAAAAGAAUCUCCAGUAAUAAGUGCAAAAGCCAGGCAAUUUAUUGAGACGGUUCCUGAAGAUGAUUCCGUACAAGAAUGCUUCUUUUCCAAGCGGAUAUACUCUGAUUCGUUAGAGGACUCUGAAAACACGGACUCACGUCGCCAUUCCGAAGCAGAAUCUUUAAAAUCGGAUCAGUCGGAUAUCAAGGCUAAAGUCUCAUCGGGUGAUUUUGAUGAAAGAGCAGAAUACGAAGAAACUGUAGAUUCAGGCAGUGGUUUUGGUGAUGAAAAAUUCGAAGAAAGUGUAGGUUUUACUUCAAUGAGAAUCGAACCUCAAUCUCUUGACUCCGAAAAACAAGAUUCAGAAUCAGAUAAAGAAUCCGAUCCAGUAUUUAAGAAAAUGACCCCAAAAGAACAUUCACGAGUUGAAUCAGUUUCUAUUACUAAGCCUAGCGCUAUUCAGGCUGAAAUUGAACCUCUUCAACUUAAACAAGAGUUCCAGAUGAUCAUUACAGAAGCCGAAGAUAUUGAUAAAUCUUUCGAUAAAGAUGAAAUUUCUGAUAAAAUAUCUUCUGAAAGUAGCAGAGAAAUUGAAAUUUCUGAGAGAAAAUCUUCAGAAGGAAUAUCUGAAAAAAUAAGUUCUGAAGAUGCAGUAACAGAAAAGAAAACAUCAUCUGAAGAAGAUGUUCUAAAAGAAAGAGAUCAAACUUUAAGUGACGAUAAAGAAAAAAAUGUGAUUGCUGCGAAAGAGGUAGUCAAAGAAAUGGAAAAGGCAGAAAUCAAGGUACUAAAAGAAGAUACAUUUGAAAAAGUUGGUGCCAUUAAACGCCAGUCAGUUACCUCGGCUGGGUCAGGAUCAGUAAGUGAAUUACGUUUGGAAGAAAAACGCUUAUCUGACGCUCAUAGUCUGACGGAAUCUAGGGACUAUACAUUUGAAGAAUCUGAAGACGAUAUCGAUACUCAAGGAACUCAUGUUGACGCUUCAAAAGAAAAAGUAGAAAUUAAAUUAGAGACGGACAAGAUUAAAACUGGAAAAGAUUUAAAACUUGCUAAGUUAACUCAUGGAGAUUCUUUGGAUGAUGUCGAAGGAUUCCCUGAAGAUCAUGUUACUGACUACGUCCAUAAAUUACCACAGAUAACUGAAGUAGGAUCACUUUUAGACAAGGAAAUUAUAACUGCAUUUUUAAAUCGUGAAAGAGAAGAGCAACUUAAACGUGAAACCGUAUUGGUUGCGUCAAAAGACAUAGUGCAAAUCUCAUCUUCAAAGGUCAUUGAACCUAAGAGUAUAGCUAUGGAAAGUUUUGUAAUUCCAUCAACAGAAAUAGUAACUGAGAAAAAAGAUAUUGCUAUCACAAAAGAGGGUAGUGGUAAAUUCGAUGUUUCCAAGAUACGAACUGAUACCCUAGGUAAAUUUAAUUUAGAAGACGAAUCAGAAGAAACAAGGCGUUUUACGCCAAAGGACUUGGACUUGAAAGAAGUUCCCGAAAUCACUAAAGAACAAGUUAAACCCGUUAUUGAUGAUAUUCUACAAAAAGGUACAAUGGCUGCAGCUGCGAGAAGCCCAACUCUGGAUAAAGACAUUAAAAUUGGAACAAAAGAUAAUGCGGAACCCGAAAAAAGGUCAUAUGAUGCUAAAGUUCCACAAAAGGAGGAAAGGAGACAUUCCUGCAUCAGCCCUGCAAUCUCUUUAGAAAGAAUAGCAGAAUCAGAAGUUGAAAGUGACGAAGAAGAAAUACCUAAAUUCACGAAAGUUAUCACAGAAAUACGUUCUGUUACCGAAACAAGUGCAGAAAUGAAAAAAUCAGAUUCUGCUAUGAAACAAAUGGCAGACAACAUUGAAAUAAUUAUUAAACAAGCAUCUGAAGAUAUAGAUGGUUCCUCAGAAGAACAAUUAAUUGAGCAGUGUCAACCACAAGAUAUUUCUGGUCAUGUAUCUGUAGAUUCUAUUAUAGAAGAAGCUGUUACUACUGUAGAAGGAUAUCUGGAAUCCUCUCAAGAAGCAAAAGAAAGAGAAAUAGAAGCUAAAAAGGAAAUAAUUUAUGAGGAAACUAAAAAGUUUGUUAAGGACAGGCCUGGUUUGAUUAAAUCAUUGUCAAGAGAUAGUGGAGAAAUAGUAAUAAUGCCAAAGAAAAAACACCCACGAACAUUUUCAGUACAAAGUUCGCCAGAUGAGGUCGAAGAACAAAUUUAUACUGACUCGGAAUCCGACAUGGACAAAGCAAAAGUAUUGGAAAUAAUUGAACCUAGUUCUGAACUCGAUGGUAAAAUUACUGCUUCUAGUUUUGAUGCAAGAAAGAUUAGAACUGACUCAUUGGACGAUGCUGACGAUUUUCCGGAAAAAGAGACUGAAUACUUUGGAGAAGAUGAAAAAUAUAUUGAUGAGCCAAUAGAGACAAAGUUAACAAAUGAUUUGAAAACAAGUGAUAUUGUUGCGCCUAGUAGCAGCGGAGCACAAAUUGAUACUGACGAGGACAAAUCAUCAGAUAAACUUGUAAGGAAAACUCAUUUUGUGGAUAGAAUACUACACACAGACUUAGUGUGUAAAUCAACUACUGAAUCCUCGGUCACAACAGUAGUAUCGACAUUAACAAAGUCAUCUGACGAAGAUCAAAAGUCUAUUGUAGAAGAAGGCACAUCCACAGAACUAUCGAAAAUCAGUGGGGCAGAACUCGUAAAAGAUCCAUCUAAAACUUCCAUGGAUACGAAAGAAGAUUCGAAAAUAGAAGAGCCUAUUGAAGAUCGUGGUACUCCAGAUUUAUCAAAAAAAUCUAUAGACUUGACGAAAGAUUACUCAAAAUCUUCAAUUGAUAGUAAAGACACUUCUCGAGACUUUGCUACUAAUGAACUUUCCAAAGAUUCUACAGUAGAUUUAACGAAAGAUUAUUCUAAAGCAUCCGUAGAGAGUGUUAAGGAAACUUCAAAAUCUAUUGAUGAGAAGACCUUUUCUGAAGAUCAUUCUUCUUUAGAUGUAUCUAAAACUCUUGCUUCAGAUGUAUCAGAUGGAAUUACCAUUAGCAGAGAAUUCAUUGAAGAAGAAAGAUCUGUUUCUAGAAUAGUAAAAGUAUCAACUAGUUCUUCGCAAGAAACUUCCGUUAUGACUGAAAGUAAAUUACUUAGUGAGCAAGAGUGUUUAGAUAAAACUAGGACUUUAGAAAUGCAAUCUGAGAGAGAUUUUAUGGGAGAAAUGGAUGAAAGAAUAGCUGAACUUAAAUCUGAAUUUAAAAAAGAAGAUAUUAUUAAUCAAGAAUCUUUAAAGCGUGAAACUUCUGAAUUAGUACAAGAGGUACAGAAAAUUGUGGAUGAUAAAGAAAUAGAAAGCGAAGUGCCAGAUAUGAGUGAACUAAAUAGGAGAUGUUCUAAUUUACUUGAAGACAUAUCACAAGGAGCUUUAAUAAGAAUAGAUUCAACACAUGUUACACAUGAUCUUGCAUCAAAGUUCUCUAAAACUCCACCUCCAUCUCCAGUAGAUCUUAAUUUGAGAGAUAAAUCUAAAUUGGAGGAAGGUGCUGGUGAAAGGCAAACCGGGCUACAACUUAGAGGUUCCGAUUCGUCGUUCCUGGAUGCUAACCGUCAGUCUCCAAGAGCAUCAUCAGCUGGUGAUAGUCUUAUAAGUGAAACUGAAGCCCAUCAAAGUGAUGUACUAACGGAAGCGUCUAAGGUACUGACUGAAGCCGCCAGACCGAAAUCUCCCACAAAACAUGUUGCUGAUAAUCUGUCAUUUAUUAAUGUUGAUCAACCUACACUCACAAGUGGUGCCAUUGAACUUGUUGAUCGAACUAUAGAAAAAAGCAUCGAUGUCAUUGAUCAAAUCAAAAAAGAACAACUUGCAGUGAAGAUGGAAGAAAUGCAAAAAUCAACCUCCAGCGACACAUUCUUUUCUGAAUCGAAGAUAGAAACUUCAAUGUCAUCUUCUUCGGUGCAUAAAACAUUUGAAGGGACCGAAAUGAAGUUCAAGUCUAUUGACCCACGAGCUGUCAUGUCGGAUAUGGUGGCCAAAUUUAGUGCUACUGAUGAGUACAGUACAAUUUUAUCCCACAAAGAAAUAGAAACAAGAAAAAUUUCCGGGCAGGAAUACUUUUCAGAAACCAAGCAAGUAUCUUCCUCUGAUGAUGACUCGCUUAUUAUUAAAACUGAAACCACUCAUGAGUUACGCGGACAAGAACAUGAAGUAAAAGAAAAAACUGUAGUUCGCAGAGAAGGUGAACAAACUGAAACAUCUCUAAAAAAGUUAGAAAAAGCUCAUGAAGCCUCUGCCAAAAGGUCUGAUGUCGAAACUAAAACUGUUUUCAAAAGUACAGAUGAUACAGAUAUUGUCAAUGUGGAGCGUGAAUUUUUGGAACAAGGUUUAUAUACAGGACGUCAGACUAAAUCAGAAGAAAAAAUGACUGCACUUAAAGAUGAUACAAUCAAGAAAAAACAUGAAAUUAAAAUUUCUGAAAGAGAUUUGUCACAUGAACAAUGGGGUAAGGAAUAUUUCUCAGAACCUGGUGAACUAGAAGAUAUAAGAGAAGAUGAAGAUUCAAAAUCAAGAACAGCGUUUGUUGAAUCGUCUUUGAAAAUUAUAGAGAAGGAUGAAAUAGUAUCGAGUGUCGAAGUUUCGGCAAAGGGAAAAUUGAUCAGUUCAAAGGUAGAACAUCAUAAGGAGGAAUCUGUCAUCGAAAGUAAGGAGCAUGAUGAUCUUAGUUCCGAUGCGUCACACGCAACAAGUUUUAAGAGUGAAACAGUUGAAAGGCGGGGUUCUUCUGAAACUAGCCCUAGAAGUAAAUCAAAAUCUUUCAAAAAAGAUGAUGAGGUAUAUGAAGUUGAUUUCAUCAAAGAAAUAAAAGUCUCUACGUCCCCUAUUAAGAGUACAUUUAGCAGAUCGGGAAGCCAGGAUACACACUCAGAAUCAGAAGCAGCACCUGAGUUACCACAUGAUGAUAAAACUGGUGAUACACCGAAAAAAGAUAAACUUACUAAAUCUCCAAUCAAACUUCCACUACAGCAAAUACAAGACCAAGUUUGGGAAGUUUCAAUUCAAAAGGCUGAUUCUUUUGAAAUGGCUGAUGACAUUCCAAAGUCAUUGAAACUUCAAACUACAACGAGUGAGACGACAUCAAGUACCACAAAAAGCUCUGAUAGUGACGGCGGUGAAGUAAAAACAGUAAUGGAUACAAAAACAAUGAAAAGUGACAUGUCUCCUAGUACACUUGAGAUAUCUGACGAUAUUAGUACUGUAUCAAAAGAUGUUAUGAUAAAGUCCGGAGAGAGCAUUGAUACUGAAUAUAUGGUGAAGUCAUUAGAAUCUCACGAAGGAGAAGCAUUACAGAAAUCCAUGGAUUCAACAAUGAGCGCUGAAACAUUACAUGCAUCUGAAUUCUCCACAGAAGCUGACUCAGCAUUUUUAACAGGCACAGGUACUGACAGAAAGGAAGAAAUUAAACUAGUGAAAGAAAAAAGCCUUGAGGAUAUAUGCAGUAGCGGUUAUGAUACUGACCUCUCCUCUGCCGAGUUUCAUGCUACGAAACUUGAGUCAGAACGGGUGGAUUUUGAUUCUUUAAUGUCUGCUCAACCACUCGCUGACUUGUCGGUUUUAGAAAAAACUAUUGAUGAAGUUAAGCAGUCUCUUGAAGCAGCGCAAGUAGAAAUAAUAAGUGAGAAAAGUGAUGGUAGUAGCAAAUAUAAACAAUCACCCUCGGAGUUCCAAUUCAAACUUUUGAUAAGUCCCGAAAGACCAGAGGUCAUAACAGAAGAACCAGUUCACAUAGAUGAUCAUACUGAUAAAAUUAUUUCUAGUACCACUGUGGAAGAAAAGCAUUUAGAUAGUCAAAAGUCUGAUAGUGUAUCACAAAUAAUCAGCUCCCAGGAAGAAACGACGAUUUCAGAUGAAGAAAAAGAUACAGUUCAUAUCAAGGAAUCCAGCCCACCAGUAGAUGGAGCUGAUAUAUCAAUAAGAUCCGACAGUGGUCCUCACUCAAUUUUAGAAACCGAGAGUGAAAUUAUUUUUUCUGAUAGAGAUGGGUCUUCAAAAGGAAGUCCCGAAGUAAAACUAAGGGUCCAAAAGCAUAUUAAAUCGAAAUUGGGAGUUACUGAAAGACGUUCUGCUUCAGAAGUUGAAGGGUGGUCAAGUUCUGGUGAAAGUCAUUAUCAUAGUUUUGAUAACACAGAAAGUCGGCCCCUAUCUUCAGACGUGGAAGUUAUGAUGACAGCACAAAGUGCCACUGAAUUUGAAACAGCACUUACUAGUCAUGACGUGUCUUCUCAGUCUCUCAGAACAUCAAAAGAUUACUAUACAGCUGCUAGCUCGCUUGCUUCAAGAGACAGUAUGAAAAGCUUAGACUCAGAUGGUUCUAGUCAUGUUGCCAGCAUUGAUAUUUCAGAUGCAUCAGAAACCCUCGUUCCUUCAGCAAAUGAAUUAAAAGAAGAAUUAAUGGAGAGUAGUACUUAUGUUGAACAGUUUUUACGUGAAGGUGAUAAAGACCAUGCGCAUAAGGUUAAAGAUGUUAGUGACGAAGAAGCAUCUGGUGAUGAAGAAGAAGAUAAAGAAGAUAUCGUAGGUGAACCAGUAGGCAAAAUGAAGAGGUCUCAUGAAAUGAGAUUUCAACCAAAAGAAAUGAUUCCCGAACACUUUCCUCUUGAAAGUAUGUCUGAAAAUGUGGAAGUAGACGAAGACUCUGCCAAAGAACGUGAAGGCUCUGAUACUACAAUUUCAAGUCAACUAAAAACCGAUGAGAUCUUGUCUUCGUCAAUUUCAAGACUUGACAUGCCAUCAUCACAAUCUUUUUCAGAAGGUGAUAAAAAAAUCAUAAGUGAAGAAAUCAGUAAAAGUGCCGUUCACGAAAUACAAGCAAUACCUUUUUCGACAACAAAACUAGAGAGGCCUGAAAGGCAAUUUGUUGACAUUGAAAGUGAAAUUAUUCCAGUUGGGUCUGCAGAAUAUGACGAAAUAGUCAAACAUGGUACUUUAACUAGUGGAAAUCAAAAAACCCCAAAACAAGAAAAACCAAUAGUUAAAACUUCAGUUUAUUUUGCUGAUAAAGCUCCUGACGAAAGAUUUGCUGAGCAAGAACAGUGUGAAGUUAACGAAGAAUGUGUAAAAAAGAUCGUUAAAGAGGUAAGCGUUACACCUUUUCCAAUAACAGAAAUACCUCCAAGUCAAAGAGAAUUUGUUGACAUUGAAGCUGAAAUCAUACCAGAAGGGUCGUUACAAUAUGAAGAAAUUCUUAAAUCUAAAAGUGAUUCCUCGGUGCCUAAAACGAAAACUGAGAAAUCAAUCGUGAAAACUCCGGAAUCUCAACUAGAGAGCAAACAAAGUUCAACCUCAAGUUUACGAACUCAUGAACAUUUAUCUACGCCACAAACUCCUUUGUCUGCUCCAAGUCAAAGUUCUCUCUCUACUGAUAAUGGAAGAGAAUACGUACUUGAUGAUAUGUACGAUAUAUCUGAAACGCCAGAAUUGAGAUCUGAUUUAGUAACAGAAAAUAGCAAAUCCGAACUAGUUGUAACGACGGAAGAAAGAGCCAUGCAUACUUAUGAAAAAGAACAAGAAUCCCCUACAAGUGAUGAAUUUGAAAUGGUUGAUAAGCCCAGUGAAAUGGACGAUUUUGUUGUUAUUGAAGAAGUAGCAAAAGAAGCUCAAGAAACUGACACCGAGGGUAAAAGUGUACAGAUAAAAAGCCAAAAGUAUAUUAAGAAACAUGAUACAGAAGUAGAAGAAUAUUUAUCAAAAACCUCUAAAAAACAAGAAAGUACUAGUAGCGGUACAUCAGGGUCAUUAUCUGACGAAGAACUACUUCAGUAUGAGAUAGAACAGAAACGUCUGCAAGCCCAAGAGUUAGCUGAAAUUGAAGCAGGAAAACGGUGGAUACAAAUGCAAUUUGAAGGUGAUCCAAGAUAUGAUUAUGAAAGAAUACCACUCGAAGACAUUAAAGAAGAAGAAAUGACUGAUUUCGAUGCUAGCAGAAUAGGUAGUCUAAGUUCUCAAAAAGAAUCCAUAGGGAGUUAUGGUAGUUUUAGAAAUUCAUAUGGUAGUUUAUCUGAAUCCGAAAUGGCAUCUCGUAUAAGAUUUCGUGUUAAAGGAGAAAAUGAUGACAUAUCCAUCAGUUCGUUACAAGAAUUUGAAAACCUUGAAAAAGCAUUAAUGGAGCAAUAUCAACAACAUUCGUCAUCAUCACAGGAUUCUUUGAAUGGAUCCUUACCUAGAAGGUAUAUUCUUAGUAAAAGUCAAGGCGAUGAUAUAUCUAUAUCAAGUUUAAAGGAAUUUGAAGGCCUUGAAUCUGCUUGUCUCGAAGCUUUGAAAGCUGAGAUUCUUGCGAAACAAAAGGAAGCUCUAUUGUUAGCGGAUCCCAAAGAGGUUAGCGGAAGUUUCUUAGAAAGGGAGAAACGUUCUUAUAGUGGAAGUUCAGAGAGCAGCCCUCCUCUUAAAGGUGGAAGUCCUAGUCAAAAAAGUGGCAGUCCUUCACAAAAGGGUGGCAGUCCUUCUCAAAGAGUUGGAAGUUAUGGCAGUCCAUCUCAGAAACUACUCACAGAUUCUGCGGCUAUACGUAAACUUAUAGAUCAGCAAAUAGCAUUAGACCAAAAGUUACAAGAACAAAUAACACCUAAAAUUGUUACAGUAAAAAAAUUUGACGAUAGAGGGGCAUUUUUUGUACCCGAACCAGAUCCGGAAAAAGAAGUCGAAACUAAACCAUUAGAAGUUACAGAAGAAUGCAUCAAGUCGUCGUCUUUUAUAUGCGCAGCUGCGCCAAGUGACGGUUCAGCAGAAUCUAUCCCCGGAGAUUGUGAGGAAAUGAUGAAGAUACUAGACCAAGAAGAACAAUCUAAACAAUUGCAGGCUGUCACUAAGACUUUCACAGACAGCGGAACGAUUGAAGUAGUUCGAACAACUACCGUCAUUCAACAAAGAUUUGUAGACGGAAAAAAAGUUUCUGAGACGGUGACGAGUACUGAUAGUGCCGACAGCGGUGGUGCUGUAGAUAUCCCAUCAAAACUUCAACGUCUCGAUGAACAUGCCCAAAUGUCAGUGGGGUCUGAGAUGUCAUCGUCGAUAGUUUCCCAAUCUUCAGAAAUGGAUAGUAUCAUGACGGUGUUAGAUCGACAUACUUCAGAUGGGGAAAUCGUGACGGUUACAAAACAUACCAUAAUGAUGUCCUCUGAGAAACCCGAAGAUUUGGAAUUUUCUAGAGAAAGCAGUGCAGCACGUGAGCUUUCGCCCUCCUCUGGGAGGUCGAUAGCUCACAGCGUUGUAUCACUUUCUGGUAAACAAUUCACAGAUCCAGCUAGCGGUUCGUGGAGUGGCCAAGAUGAAGAAUUAAGCUCAUCUGGAAGUUUUAGCAGGGGAGCUCGAGCUGAUCUUAUGUUAGGCAGCACGGAUAGUUUAGAAGCAACUAGUUCAAAUGCCACACGAGCAACGUUUAACUAUGAAGUCGACACACCUAUGACAGGAAGCUUAACUUCUGGGGCGCUACGCCCUCCAGGAUCGAACACGAUGGUUUCAUCACUGGAUACACUGGAUGCAGUGACAGCUGUCCAAUAUCCUGAUAGCCUUGAACAUCAAUCCACGAGCGAGCAUUUUUCUCAUGACUACGAGGUUCAAGAGCCGGACUCUGACACAGAACGUCUGGAACUCGACGGACGAGCUCCCACAGCUAAGGAACGCACAAUAAUGUUUGACAGCACUGAUACCCUGAGUGCUGUAAGUGGAGAUAGUUCAGUAAAAGAAGCCACUGUUGAAGCACCCGCAGCCACCUUUUAUAUUGGAGAUACUCCUAUAAUGAGAGGUGAUCGACAAGGCGAAGAAGAUGAGCACCAGUCUACUCUAUCGGGCAGUUGUCCCGCAUCAUUGCCUCCGGUUUCACAAUCUUCACCACCAGUUCCUGCUCAAAGAAGAUCUCUCACAAUGAUUGCUAAAUCCCCACCAUCAACAUUGGAAGAGACUACGAAGAAGUAAAAUCUUAUGUUUUUCUUAAGAAAUUUAAUUUUAGUCUUUAGUAUUAUAUAAAACUCUCUUGCAGCUGGAGCUAUCAUAGCUUUGCUGGAAUUGAUGCACUGCUAUUAUCGAUACAAAAUGUGACUUUGUAUUGCGCGAUUGAUAAAGUACAAUAGAAUGAUAAUUAUCUAGUCAAAUGUUAACGUAGAUGAAAUAUCAACUUUUAUAUAUAAGUCAUCUAAAGUAAUAGUUUAAGGGCGGUGGUACUUAUUAAACUAGGAUUGAAGUCCUAAUUUAUUGAUGUGAUGAUCUUUACUAUUUCAAUCAGAAUUAUUCUGGUGUAAAGUGUGGGAGUACUUGAACUGAAUGACCAACAUUUGAAAUCUUAACGCGAAGUUAGAUCUUUAAGAUCAUCAAAGUUUAAUCAUGUGUCGGUCGCACAUUCCAAGUUUAGUAACGGAUAGUAUUUUGGUACUCACUUUUGUACUGAGCAGGCGGUUUUUGUACGACGUUGGUCCAUAUUAAUUCGACCUAUCCUUUUAGAUAGCGCUUAGCUUUUAGUCUUGGAAUUACUGCUUAUUCAGUAUGAAGUUAACUCGGUAGAAUAAAAAUACAUAAACAUUUCGUAAGGAUACAAGGUAAGUACAGACGCAUCUGAGUCAGUCAUUUUUUUAUAUGGAAUCACUAUGUAAUCUAGAUCAUGAGAAAUGAUCAUAGCAUUUUGUUUGAAUAAAACAAAUUCUGAUAUUAUAAUGCCUCUGAAUAUGAUCUCAGUUUCUAUUCUUGCACAAUUUACUUAAGUAGAUAGGUAGAAAUACAAAAUGUAGGGUAAGCAUCUACGGCCAUUAUAAAUGUUAGGAAACAAUUUUAAUUAACAUUGUAAAUUUCUCUAACGACUUCAAUGAGUAGAGUAGAUAUUUUGGUGUUUAUUUAAGUGGUUGUUUUACAAAGUGGAUUGGUAAAUGAAUUUUUUCUUUUCUAUUUUGGUCGUAGGUUAUAAACAAUAACCAGGUAAAGCUUGCUCACUUCCAUACCUUUUGUAUUAUUUGUAAGUAUAAUGGAGUCGAAAAGAUGGAUGAGAUAUAAAACUUGAAGAUACAAUGAAGUCAUCUAAAUUACCAGUUAUUUUCCCCCCUGAUUUAUUGUUUUCAUUGUCAGCUCUUUCGUUGUUGUCAUGACCAACAAUGCUGAUGCAGAAUUUGAUUGUAUCGUCAAGUUUUAUUUUAGGAUUAGACUGAAGAUGGUUCAUAUAAGGCUUAGAAAGCUUAGCUAAAUUUUGUUACGUGCAAGGUAUUUUCUUCCUUUUGAUUCCUGGAUAUUGGUCAUCCCUUAAACGAGGGUCUGCUUGUAAUUAUAUUUAUAUAUACAUAGUAUAAUUCGAAUAGGUCGGUGUGCUUUAAGAUUUGAUGUUAAGAAUUUACUGCUAGCGUAAUGUUGCUAUAUUAUCGUAUGUAUUAAGUUUUUUAAAACCAUUAAGUUGCCCUGUUCAAUUGUUUCACGUUGUAUUUGUAAUAUUGCUGAAUAUUCUAUGGAUUAAACUAAAAUAUUAUUGAAAAUUAUUAAUAAAAUGCUAUGUCUCAUAUUUAUUUUGUUGUUUCAUUAUUUGCUUACGACAAUGGAAGUAAUAAAUACAGAAAAUAAAAAUACAAAUCUUCGAGAAUAAAUCAUUUAUCAACAAAACUUACAAUUAAAUUAUGUUCAAUUAGAAUAACAAUUUAAUAUUGUAAAUAUUUAAAUGAUCCUCAAAACAAUAGUAAAUGGUCAUCUAAAUAAUACAAUUUGUAACCUAAAAGUUAGGUUAAAAAAUUUAUAAUUUCGAAAAUCAAUUACUAUUUGCUUUUAAAAUCAUUUAAAUAUGAGCCUUUUAAUAUAUCCACGUCUCACUAAAAUUUACAAAAGUAAAAAAAAAUGCCUCUAUUUUGCCUCUCUCUCUCUCUCUUGAAAUAUGUCUAGAGAACUGGUAAAAAAAAUACAAUAAAGUACUGAUGUCUUACACAAAAUGUCAUGAGUUGGCACUGAAAAAUGUAAUGAAAUUUUAAAUUUUUAGAACGAAAAUGCUUCAAACGAGAAAUCCAAGCGUAUAACUUACAAAAAUAUACAUUCUUUCUUGAUUUCUCAUUCAAAUUAUUUUCAUUCGUCACGCUUACGAUGUCUUAAAACUAGUUAUGCUUAAAUUUACUAUGGCAUUUUAAUAUAAAAUUUUCAAUCAUGCUGUUGUGUACAAAUUAUUUUAUUAACAUUGCAUAAAUUAUCAACAAUAAGAAUAAAUAGUCAAUAAAUAAAGUCUUCCUUUGGUGGUUAAAGUAAAAAAUUUCAAAGUUUCACAGAUGAAAAAAUUACAAGUAUUUAAGUACAAUCUUACACUAUAUUUAUGACUUGUUCGUAGUUUACAGGGAAUCAAAUUCAGAUACGUCACUCGUCUGUAAAUAAGGAAAAAAAACAAUUAUUUUUUUAUAUUUCAGAAAAUAUUUAUGGAGUCCCUUAAAUUGUUUGUCGUUAUAAUUGUUGUAUAAAUGAUGAUGAAUGAUUAUAUUCGAUAAAUUGGUAAAACACUAUUUUAUCUAAAUAUAUUUAUGAAACUGAGUAUAAGUCAAAGAUUAAAGGACACCCGGCAUUUUGUGCCAAAGUUGUAUACUUUUUUAUUUUUUUUAUCUGUGUUUCAUAAUUGGGUAACGUAGUCUGGCAAUAUUUGUCAUCAGCAGCUAGCUGUCAAUGUCAAAUACGUAGGUUUAUCAUCAAAAGGGUUUCUAUAUCAAAUAAUAUUAAUCAUUAAAUAACUUCUUUCCACGAUUCACUAAAAAUAAGGCAAAAAUAGUUUUAUGUAGCAAAUAAUUUUGGCUUUAUUUUGAGAUCAAAUUCAACUGUAUACAAGUCUAGCAUUUUUUCUAUGAAAAGUGCCGGGUCUCCUUUGUUCAAUAUUUGACUUUUUUUAAUAAAUGUAUUUUUAAUUUCAUGGAAUUGCAAAGAAAUAAUUAAAAUGUUACAACAUUUAAAUAGCAUACGAACAUAAGUACACAUUUUCGAUUUACCAUUUAAAAUAAAUAUGAUUUAUAUGAUGUAGAAAAAUAAAAAUAUAGCUAUAAUAAUAAUAUAGCUUUCUACUGGAUAUUUCUUUAAAGGAUUUGAUGAAGCGUUUGACAAAGUGAAAUUGGUGUUGAAAGAGGUGUCGGGAUACCUACAAGGUCUGGCUUAUAGAGGUGCA